AUGCCCCCAGCUGCUAACCAAGCUGCCCUGACCUCAGGUGCUGUUGUCGCCGCCUCCUUGGCCGUAGCUGCCGCCGUUGCCAUCUACGAAUACCCCGAGCUACGGCGCUAUGCAGACGACACCCGUCGCCGUGUCGCCGUGGCCCUCCAGUCUCUGAGCGACGGCAUCAAUCCUGCCUCGGCGUCGAGGGAUCCGCCCCUGUUCAACAGGCCUGAGGAUGCGGAGGGCUUCAUCAUGUCGACCGACGUCGACGCCGAUGAUGAGUCACGCCGCAGGCAGCGCGAAGAGCUGCUCUACUGGAACAUGAUGCGCAUGCGGAAGGAGGAGGAGGGGACCGAUGCCGAAAAGGCAGCAGCGGCAGCAGCGGCUGCUGCCGGCCCGUCGCCGCCCGCCACCACGUUCGACGACAUCCUGAGGCCUCAGCCACCUGCUGCGUAUGCGUAUGCCAGCGCCGUCCACCACAGGGUUGCCGCCCAGGGAGUCCGUCAACGCGGUGUCGGCACCAGCACGACGGCGUAUGCCUAUGCCAACCCCUUUGCCGACGAGCACCAGAUCGGCAUGGACGACCUCGGCCGAUCCACCCCCACACCGCACAGCGACAGCCAGUCCGACAUCUACAGCACCACCACGCUGGAACACCGUGAGCCCGAGCCCGAGCCCGAGGCCGAGCCCGAGAUUGGGCCCGUCGCCGUCGCCGAGCAGCAGCCUCUCAUCGACUUCGACGAAGCCACCGUCUCGUCCGCCACCCUCGACCGCAACGACGACAGCUACGAGUACACCGUUGCCAGCAGCGGCCGUCCUGAGCAGGACGGGAUGUACGCCUCCAUCCAGGCUUGGGCCCGCGGCUCCAUGACGGCCGCCGACGACGAGGAUGACGACGUCGAUGUUGACGUCGUCAGCAGCCAGGGCCAGCUCACCCCCACCGACUCCAUGUCUAUCAUCGGCUCGGGCCGGGACGAGGAUCGCGACGGGCGUGAGAUGGAUGCCGUGAGCGAUCUGGGUAGCGUCGUCACGCCGUCUAGCUGGUCCGAGGUCAGCAGCGUCUCUAGCGAUGCCGGCGUGGGACCUACCCACUGA